GAUAGAAACGCAUGUAUGCUUUAAAAGUAAUUUAAUUAACUACUUAGAAAUGGAUAAUAAAUCGUUAGUUAAUAGUUUAAACAGCCUAUUUCCAGAUUUAAAUUUUACAGUUGAAAAAUUAAAAAACAUUAAUCAAACCAUUAUGUUAGAUCUAUGUAAAAAAAUUAUCAUUUAUUUAUAUGAUACAGAUUCGAAGAAUGUAGUGUGGAAGAUAACGGAAGAGCAAAGAUGUCGAAGUACACAUUCUGAAUUAUUAAUGGAGGCUACAGACAUUUUAAAUAUUUUUAAAAUUAUGAAUAAAAUACUAAAAGUAAUUUCAUCUGAAGAAUUUCAUCUAGUAGAUAUUAUAAAACCAGAAGUGAAACGUACAGUUUAUUUUUUGAAAGCGAUUGUACAUUUUAGACUCUCUACAAGUCAUUAUAUUGAAGAGCAAUUUGUGCCAUGUUUCCAUAAAUUAUUUAAAUUACAACAAGAAAUGGAUUUAUUAAAAAAUAAACUAGAAAGCUUAAGUAAUAAUUUAGAAAGUAAAUUAAGUACAGUGAAUAAUUUGAAGGAAGAAAUUGCAAAGCUAACAGAAGAUGGUAGCGAAGAUACAAUCAUUUUAAGUGAUUUGCAAAACAAAUGUAGAUGUUUGGAAAACGAAAUAUCUGAUCUAGAAGAUACAAAACAUAAGUUAGAUAAGAAGAUAAUUGAAUCUAAAAACGCCAUUGAACAGUUAAAUGCUGAGAAAAAACUAUUAUCUGAUCAAAUUUAUGAAGAUUAUCCCGAAAUUAAAGGAAAAUACCAACAAUUUUUAUUAAAAAAAAAAGAAUGCGAAGCGAAAAUUUCUACUGAAAAAAUAACUCAUGCUACAAUGCAAGAGAAAAAUGAAAUAAUUACGAGAUUAGGAGAUGAUUUUGGAGAAUUAUUAGGUUUUGUUUCAAAAUUGGAAGAUGUAUUUAGUUCAAAUAAAGCAAAGAAGGUAGAAGAAAGUAAACUUGAUGAUUUAAAACAUACUUAUUCGAAAACCUCUGCACAUUUAACACAUCGCAUAGAAAAAUGUGAAUCGGAAAGAAAGGCACUUAACAAAGAAUUACAAUAUUUAACCGAAGAAGAAAAUGCUAAAAGAUUACAAGAAGAAGAAUAUUUAGAAAAAUGUAAUAAAAUGAUGGAUUUACUGAUUAAAAAAGAACUGGAAUAUAAGGAAAAUGUUAAGCAUUAUGAAAAAGUGUACCUGUGUAAUGUUACCGAAAAUGAAGAACUUAAGGUGCUUACAAGCCGAAUUCUGGCAAACAUCGCUAAAUCAAGAAAAAAAGCAUAAAUAUGUUCUGAACAAAAAGCAACGAAUCACAUAAAUAUUUAUGGAGAGAUAAAUAGAUUUGUUAUUGCCAUCCAAAUUUGCCAGGCAUGGAGAUCUGCUAGCCUGUAAGUGGAUGCGAUAUGAUGAAUGAGAGACUGUCAGUGAGUUCUUCUGUGUCCUUGUCAUAAUCAUAUGUACAUAUAUACUUCUUAUAUGUAUUAGUAAGUAUAAGUAUAUGUAUUAGACAAGAACACAGGAGAACUUACUGGCAGUCUUCUCUCUCGCUUCGCAUAUCGUAUCUACUUACAAGCAAGUCUUUAUAAACGAGUGUUCCAAAAUUAACGCAAGAAAUUCGAAUCAGACGUUA